UCAUGCUUUUAAGUUAUUUGGGCUGCACCCAUCUCCUGUGACCUCUGAGACAAGGACUAAAAUGGUCUUGGAGAAGAAAUUCUUCUCUGUAUCAGGGGAGGGGGAAGCCACUCAUUCAUUUAUGAAUUCUGAAGGGAUUUAACUCUUAAGUAUAAAUUGUAAGAAACUAAUUAUAACUCAACAGUAUGAAUUUGAGGUAUGUUGGGCCAAAAGUUCCUUAUGCAUUGGCAGCCUUUUCUCACAAUUGUGAUACUGAAGUGGAAGGAAAUUAGACAUUGAUAAUAUGUAGACCGAAAGAGAAUGUCAGGAUCAUGUCAGGCUGUAGUGAACUGAAGUUCAUUUUUUUUAACCCUGGAAAGGAUCUUAGAGGUCAUCAAAUGCAAGUCUAGGAUAUACAAGAGGCAACUGAAACCCUGUGGAGGGCUGAGUUUUGAUCUAUGUCCACCCUAUCUCAGCUGCCUGAAAGUACUUAAUGAUCACAUGACCCUGGACAUGGAUGCUGUCCUGUCGGAUUUUGUCCGUUCCACAGGCGCAGAGCCUGGGCUGGCCCGAGAUCUCCUGGAAGGAAAGAAUUGGGACGUGAGUGCUGCCCUCAGUGAUUUUGAACAGCUACGUCAAGUUCGUGCUGGGAACCUGCCGCCACCCUUUAGUGAAGGGAGUGGUGGCUCCAGGACCCCUGAAAAAGGGUUUUCUGAUAGAGAGUCUGCCCGCCCUCCCCGGCCCACCCUACAGCGGCAGGAUGACAUCGUUCAAGAAAAACGCCUGUCUAGGGGCAUCUCCCACGCCAGCUCCAGCAUUGUUUCCCUGGCCCGAUCCCAUGUCUCCUCCAAUGGUGGGGGUGGGGGGAGCAGUGAGCACCCCCUGGAAAUGCCCAUCUGUGCCUUCCAGCUUCCAGAUCUCACUGUGUACAACGAAGAUUUCCGCAGCUUCAUAGAGAGAGACCUUAUUGAACAGUCCAUGUUGGUUGCCUUGGAACAGGCAGGGCGUUUGAACUGGUGGGUGAGUGUGGACCCUACCUGCCAGAGGCUGCUUCCUUUGGCAACUACUGGGGAUGGAAACUGCCUUCUCCAUGCAGCCUCCCUAGGCAUGUGGGGUUUCCAUGAUCGGGACUUGAUGUUGCGUAAAGCUUUGUAUGCACUGAUGGAGAAAGGAGCUGAGAAGGAAGCAUUAAAACGGCGCUGGAGGUGGCAGCAAACACAGCAGAAUAAGGAGUCAGGGCUGGUUUACACAGAGGAUGAAUGGCAGAAGGAAUGGAAUGAGCUGAUCAAGCUUGCCUCGAGUGAACCCCGCAUGCAUCUAGGUACCAACGGAGCCAACUGUGGUGGGGUGGAGAGCUCAGAGGAGCCCGUGUAUGAGAGCCUAGAAGAAUUCCACGUCUUUGUCCUUGCCCAUGUACUUAGGAGGCCCAUAGUUGUUGUGGCCGACACCAUGCUGAGGGACUCUGGUGGGGAAGCAUUUGCCCCUAUUCCCUUUGGGGGAAUCUAUCUGCCUUUGGAGGUCCCAGCCAGCCAGUGUCACCGCUCCCCUCUGGUGCUCGCCUAUGAUCAGGCCCACUUUUCUGCACUUGUGUCCAUGGAGCAGAAGGAGACCGCCAAGGAACAAGCUGUGAUCCCACUCACGGAUUCGGAGCAUAAGCUGCUGCCCUUGCACUUUGCUGUGGACCCUGGAAAGGGCUGGGAGUGGGGCAGAGAUGACAGUGACAACGUCCGAUUGGCCAGUGUAAUCCUGUCCCUAGAGGUCAAAUUGCACCUGCUGCAUGGCUACAUGAAUGUGAAGUGGAUCCCAGUGUCCUCUGAUGCACAGGCUCCCCUGGCCCAACCUGAGUCCCCCACAGCCUCAGCUGGAGAUGAGCCCCGGUCCACUCCUGAGUCUGGGGAAUCAGACAAAGAGUCCGUCGGCAGCAGUUCCACGAGCAAUGAGGGCAGCAAGCGGAAAGAGAAGGCAAAACGAGGUCGAGAGAAAGACAAGAAGAGAGUAGACUCCGUGGCUAACAAAUUGGGCAGCUUUGGCAAAACCUUGGGCAGCAAGCUCAAGAAGAACAUGGGCGGCCUGAUGCACAGCAAGGGUUCUAAGCCCGGAGGGAUGGGAGCAGGGGCGGGGGUAAGCAGCGGCACUGAGACACUGGAGAAGAAGAAGAAGAACUCCCUGAAGAGCUGGAAGGGGGGCAAGGAGGAGGCAGCUGGGGACGGGCCUGUGUCUGAGAAGCCCACGGCGGAGUCUGUCGGUAACGGAGGGAGCAAGUAUAGCCAGGAGGUGAUGCAAAGCCUGAGCAUCAUGAGGAUUGCAAUGCAAGGGGAGGGGAAGUUUAUUUUUGUUGGAACCCUGAAGAUGGGUCACCGUCAUCAGUAUCAGGAGGAAAUGAUCCAGCGCUACCUUUCUGAUGCCGAAGAGCGAUUCCUGGCAGAGCAGAAACAGAAGGAAGCAGAGAGGAAGCUCCUGAAUGGAGGGCUAGGCGGCGGGCCUCCUCCAGCCAAAAAGCCAGAGCCAGAUGGUGGGGAGGAGUUGCUGACUGCCCCUCCAGCAGAGUCCAAGGCGAUGGCAUUCUCUGCUGGCUACCCCGGGGGCUUUACUGUCCCUCGGUCUACAGGGGCUGGGGUCCACUGCCAGGAGCCCCGGCGGCAGCUGGCAGGGGGUCCUUGUGGGGGAGGCCUACCACCAUAUGCCACCUUCCCCAGACAGUGCCCUCCAGGGCGACCCUACCCCCAUCAGGACUGCAUCCCUUCUCUGGAGCCAGGCAGUCACUCCAAGGAUGGCGGUCACAGGGGUGCGUUGUUACCACUCCCCUUCCGCGUGGCUGAUUCCUAUAGCAACGGCUACAGAGAGCCCCCUGAGCCAGAUGGAUGGGCUGGAGGUCCCCGGGGGCUUCCUCCGGCCCAGACCAAAUGCAAACAACCGAACUGCAGCUUCUAUGGACACCCAGAGACAAACAACUUCUGCUCCUGCUGUUACAGGGAAGAACUGAGGAGGAGGGAGCGGGAACCCUGUGGGGAGCUGCUGGUGCACAGGUUCUGAGUGGGGGAACCUUGGAGGGCAAGGGGGCUAAACAAAGAGAGUUAAGCUCCACUAAUUGGCUCAUCAAGACCCAGCCCCCAUGCAAAUGGGGCAAAUGCAGUAACGUUGGUGGGAGCCUGGCUGGAAACUUUGAAGUGGGUGCGCGCUCGCUCGAGAGCUGCCAGGCUGGCAAGAGCAGGGCAGGGCCAGACGGUGCCUGGAGGGCUCCACUGGUCCUUUGCCAAUCUUGAUGGGACUGAGGAAGUAUGGGGUGGGGCGGGGAGAUGCUGAUUCUGUCUCAUAACUGCUUGGGUACACCCCAGGACCUAAGGGAAAGAGGGGAAGGUUUAG